AUGGCGGUCUUCCACACCCUCUUUUUACUUCUCUCCCUCUUCGCGACGCUAGCGACCGUGACGUCUCUUGAACGUCCUAGUUCCCUGGCCGUAACUCGACCGCAAGAUUUGCGAAGGAAGCACCCACUCGUCGGGGGCGGUGCCGCGGGUGCUGGUAAUGUGGGUCACCGCACAGCACCCAAUCUGAAGGUGUAUAAUCAUCAGAUCGUCGAUACCAGCACGGGAAAGCCGUACAUCAUGCUUGGUGUCUCGCAAAGCGGGCCCGAGUAUGCUUGUAUCAAGAUGUCGGUGCCCAUGGGGGGUGCCGAUACGAUGCCCAUGAGUGCGAGCACGAUCUACAUGCUCAAGAAUAAGUGGGGAGUCAAUACCGUACGCAUCCCCAUGAACGAAGCAUGCCUCCUCGACCUCGACAAUGGUCCUCCCCAAGCGCGUGGCGACGCCUAUCUCAAUUACAUUGCUACGUACGUCGACAUGCUCAUUGCAAAUGGCAUUACACCUAUCCUCGACCUUCACUGGACCGUGGGGAAAGCAAGCGACACGUCUACGACCGACCAGCAAGACUUUGCCAAUGUUGGACACUCGCUCGAGUUCUGGAAAAGGGUAGCGAAGCGCUUUGUCAAUUACAGAAACGUCGUGUUCGAGCUUUUCAACGAGCCGAAACCUAAGGCGAGCGUCAAAAUGUGGUGGUGCCUGCAGUACGGCUGGAAUGCCAAAUUCUGCGAUUACAACCCUGGCUACCAGGUGGCGGGCAUGCAGGAUAUGAUCAAUGUCGUUAGAAGUAUGAAGUUCAAAGGCCUGCUCCUCUGCGCCGGUCUAGAUUUUGCAAACGAUAUCAGGGAUUGGGCGAAAUACAAGCUUAAGGACGACAAGGAAAACAACUUGGCUAUCUCGGUACACGUUUACGACUUCAAAGAAAUCUGUAAGGGCGUCGAGUGCAUCAAAGACAUCCUAGUUCCAAUUGCACGCUUUCACCCAAUCGUGACGACGGAGCUGGGGAGCUCAAGCACUAACCCGACAUACUUGUACAAUUUCAUGUAUGACUUUAUGAAACAAGCGUACGAAGCCAACAUCGGCACUAUUGGAUGGUCGCUCAAUCAUCGUCGCCCGGGGGAUCCGCAACUGCUUGACAACACCCAGGGAAAGCCAUCGCCAGCGGGAUAUGGGCUCAUUGAUUUCAUCAAAUACGCGCGUGGACUAAAGGUGACUUCCACCCACAGGGGGGGUAGCCAUCGUGCUCUUACGGCCCCAGUAUCCAGCCCGCUGAACAAGGGAGUCAACAACGUCGAGGAGCUCCAACAGUAA